CCAUGUGAAGAACGUGGGCAAGCCUUCAGCUGUAUAUCGUGCCUAAGCCCUCCCAGGGAAACAGACAUUGUAGAGAAACCCGAAAAACAUCAGGAUGCUGGGAGAGCAUCUAAGAGGAACAUGAGAGAGGUCAUUAUGGACAGAAAAUCCACAUGUGUGAAGUAUGUGGAAAAUCCUUCAGUUAUUAUUGCCAACUUGCACGGCAUGUGAGAACUCACACUGGAGAGAAACCCUAUGAAUGUAAAGAAUGUGGAAAGGCUUUCACUCGCAUCUCACACUUCCGAGAACAUGUGAGAAUGCACACUGGAGAGAAACCUUAUGAAUGUAAGCAGUGCGGCAAAGCUUUCAGUUGGUGCACUUACCUUCGAGAACACAUGAGAACACACAGUGGAGAAAAACCCUAUGAAUGUAAGCAGUGCGGCAAAGCCUUCCCCUAUCUCAAAUCCCUGCAAGGACAUGUGAGGAUCCACACUGGAGAGAAACCUUAUGUGUGUAAGGAAUGUGGGAAAUCCUACAGUUGUCCCAAAUACUUUAGAAAACAUGUGAAAACACACAGUGGAGUAAAACCCUAUGAAUGUACAGAAUGUGGG